AAAACUUCAUCAUAAUAUGAAUACAAUGUUUUGGGCAAAGCCGUUUUACAGCGUCAUUAACAAUAAAAGCCAAGUUCGGUGAGUUUACCACUAUGUCCAGAAAACACACAAAAAGCUUAAAGCCUCCCUCUUCUAGUUUAUUUUAUCUUCAACCUCAGCAGAGAGUGGUAGGUGCCUCAAGUUUCUUCCUUUGCCAGAGAAACCAGAGAGGGACUGAAAGAGAGAGGAGAGGUAUUGUUUUUGUGGGUUGUUGAUGGGUAAGUACAAGUUUAGAUUAUCCGAUAUGAUACCCAAUGCCUGGUUUUACAAGCUCAAAGACAUGAGCAAAACCAGAAAGAACCAGAGCAGCAAUUCUCAUCCCAAGAAGAGAAACCAACCACCACCAUCCACAUUUGCUUCUUCAGCAAAACCAACAAGCCCAGCAAAGCCAAAGCAGGUCACCCAUCACAACCACCAUUGUCAUCACUCAAGAAAGUCGUACUACUUCACAAGGGAGCUGAAUAACUCCACAGGUGAGAACAGACCACUGUGCAACACCCCUGUAAACCCCAAAGUCUCCACCACCAAUUUGACUCAUGAGCCACCAAGAAAAUCUUCUAUACAAAAACAGAGGAAGAGUUCUAAUUCCAAGCUUGCCAUGUCGACUAGCUCCUCUGUUUCUGCAGGGUGUCGGGCCUCCAUCGAAUCCGUCUGGACCAAAUCGGAUUCUCUACCGGAGGAACAGCUCUGGUCUACUUCUUCGUCUCUCGACAGCUCCGAGCUUGAGUUUCAUCACACCGACUCUCUUGAAUUCAGAUGUGACCGUAUUCUUGCUACAGAGACAUUUGAUGGUAUGAAUUCUAUGACGAGUUCUAAUGAGAAAGACAUCAUCAUCGACGUGGACAACUCCUCUGAGAAGAAGAAACUUGAUUCGUUCUCUGAUCUUGAGCUUCCUCGGAUUAUAACCAAGCCGGAAAGCUUCAAUGAAAUGGUGUGUGAGGUCAAGAAGAAGAAGAAAGAGAACAAGGAGCAGCAGCCAAUCAAAUCCAGGAAAAGCUCACAUGGAUCAGAGAACAACAAAGAGCAUCGUACGAGUUCUGUUAGAAGAGUUACUUCGAGCACUUCACCGGGAGUUAAGCUUCGGACUAAUUCUCCGAGAAUUGCAAACCGGAAAAUAAACCAGGCCCAAGUCGGACGCCGGAGUCUGUCGUCGAAUUCGAGCUCAAAGAGGAGGAGUCUCUCGGAAAGCUUUGCAAUUGUCAAGUCCUCAUUUGAUCCUCAAAGGGAUUUCAGGGAAUCAAUGAUAGAGAUGAUCAUGGAGAACAACAUCAAGGCAUCGAAGGACUUGGAAGAUCUUCUUGCAUGUUAUCUUUCUCUGAAUGCAAAUGAAUACCAUGAGCUCAUCAUCAAGGUCUUCAAGCAAAUCUGGUUUGAUCUCACUGACAUCCAGUCAAAGUAA